AUGGUGUCCACAUGCCUGCACUCCCCACUCGCCAUCUACUGUGGCCCUUCUGCAGCCAAGAAGGGGGCAGCCGGGGGCUGGUCAGGCCCAGACAGAGCUCACCCGGGACCUGAGAACCGAGAGGAGAGAGUGCUCGAGGAGAGUGUGCUCCGCGUGCUCGUUGUGGCCACGCCUUCCGGCCGCGAGGGAGAGAGCCCAGGGCCGUCAGGGCACGAGCAGACCUGGGUUCAGGAGUGGCCGGCGUCUGCGCUGCGUUCAGAGGGCGUGUGGUGCCCGGACACCUGUUCCGGGGAGGACAGGAGCAGCGUGGGUCGGGAGGGGAGGGGUGCUGUCCGUACCACUGACGGGCCCGGGGGAGACCCGGGACAGCCCGGCCGCCCGCCCCUGGUCACCACUGCCGGCUGGGCGGAGGCUGCUCAGGCCCGCGGUGUCCUGAGGGAGCGGCCCCAGGACGGGGCUGAAGGCAGGCGGCGGCGGUGGGCGGGACGGAGGCGUACGGGCCAGGACCUGAGCUCGUCCAGGACAGCCUGCGCGCCUGGGCUCAGCGGGUCCGUGCAGCUGCUGGGCCCGCUGGGAGCCCGCUCCUCGUGCGGCGGGGGUGGUAACGGCAGCGGCGGUGGGGGCAGUGGCCAGGGAGGGUCCGGCCUCGGGCAGAAGGCCGGGCCCCCGUCAAAGGUCCCCAGCAUUAGAACCAGCGCACGGACCCCCGACGACCUAGUGCGGAGCAGAGAGGAAGGUCUGCAGCCACCGCCGGCCAGGUCUGCCUACGGGGGCUCCGGGUGGGGUGGGUGGCCGGGCUCCCCGCGUCCGAGCACGGCCAGCGCUGUGGGCUCUGGCUUUCAUGCAGACACACUGGCUCCCCCCACGGCCUGGAUGCGAGGUGCCCGGGGUAUCGGGAUGGCCUUCUGUGCCGGGAGGCCGAGGCGGGUCCUCCCAGAAGCUGUGUCCAGCAGGAACACGCAGGUGUUGCCGCCCCGCCUGUCCAGGGUGAAUGGCUGGUCGCGGCCCUUGCAUUACUUCCAGAUCAUGGCCUGGACCGUGUUCCUGAUUCUGGCCUUCACCACCUUCGGGGUCUUCAUCCCCCUCCUGCCACGUGACUGGAGAUACAUUGCCUACAGUGUGACCGGCGGGAUAUUCUUCUUCCACUUCUUAGUCCACCUGAUCGCCAUUUCCAUCGACCCGGCCGAAGCCAGCGUCCGCUUGAAGAACUACUCCCAGCCUAUGCCGACCUUCGACCGGUCCAAACACCCGCAUGUCAUCCAGAACCAGUACUGCCAUCUCUGCGAGGUCACCGUGAGUGCCAAAGCCAAGCACUGCAGCGCGUGCAACAAGUGUGUCUCAGGCUUCGACCAUCACUGCAAAUGGCUGAACAACUGCGUGGGAAGCAGAAAUUACUGGUGCUUCUUCAGCUCAGUGGCCUCCGCUUCAGCCGGUCUCCUCUGCAUCAUCAUCAUCCUUCUGUACAUCUUAUUCCAGUACUUCUUCAACCCUGCCACCCUGCGCACCGACGCACGCUAUCGGAGUAUCUCCAACAAGGACACGUGGCUGCUGUUCCUCCCGAUCUCCCCCGUGAGGACCAACCCCUGCGUCCUCCUGGCGCUUGGGCUGCUGGUGCUGCUGCUGGCGCUCAUCAGCCUGCUGCUGCUCGGCCACCUGCUCUUCUUCCACCUCUACCUGAUGGCCAAAAGGUUGAGCACGUUUGAUUACAUGACACAGGGCCGCCAACAGCAAAAGUCGAAACACGAGAAAGGGAAGAAGGAUGUGAGUUUACAAAUGGAAGAUCUGUCACAGCCUCAGGACAGCUCCCUGGGAUCCUCCGAGCAGGGAGAGACGCCCAAGGAGCUCCUGCCCUCUUCCCGGCACCCGAGUCUGUGUUCCGCCGCCACCAUACAGCCAGAGGACACCCCGACAUCGCUGAAGAAAUCAGUUGCCAACUUAAGUUCAUCUGUACAGAGCGUGAAGUCCAUGCAACUCUUGCCAGCAGCCCUGGACCACUGGCAGGUCUCCAACCUCAACAUCCAUGCCAGCAGCUGCUUGUCACAGCAGGAAGCUAGUGCCGGCCGAAGCGCGUCCGCAGUGCGAGUCAAGCGGAAGGAGUUCCUGCCCCCGCUCUCCAGGUGCUCCAGCCUGAGCUCCGUCAGCACCGUCACCCCCGAGAGCUCCCCACCACCCCAGAACACAAAGGAUCAGAGAGAAAGAAAGCAACUUCGAGCAGGAGACACGGCUGAAAACCAAGCCUCCGCCUCAGGAGCCCAGGGACCCGAACCAGCCGAGUCCUGCGCCCAGGUGUCCUUUUCCACCGGGAUCCCAGCUGCGGAGUCUGUCCCGGAAACCCUCCAGCUGCUGUCCCCGCUGCAGGGCCGUGACCAGGACGUGUGGCCCCAGAUGCACCAGGACACUGUCCCCAGCCACCAGGAGCCCUGGACCAUGGAGUCCACAGUCAUCAACAUCCCUGGAGGGCUGGACGGCGAGCUGGACGUCCAGCACGUGCCCCGCACGCUGGCGGUGAUGCCGUUAGUCCAGGCGCCUGAAAGCCUGCCUGGCAUCAAGGAAGAGUGCGGGGAGGAGGGGACCCUGGUCAUCAGAGAGAUGGGGGUCUGCACCCCCACGAAGGCCCCUGUGCCCAGCAGCCCCACCCCCGUCACCAUGAUCAUGAUGCCGGAGGACCCUGAGCUGGGGGACAGGGCACCUCAGCUCGUGUAG